GUGGACCGUCAUGAUCACUAACAGCCUGAGAGCGUAAUAACCGAUGAUUAUCACAAAGUAGAUUCUCCCCCCCAGCCGCCACGUCGCGAAUUCAAACUUUCAAGCCCCCUGAACCGCAGAUGUCUCUUCCAGUAUUCUCCCUUCCGACUUUACCUGACGCGCCGCCUAAAUCGAUACUUGCUUUACAAGGUCUUGAUCAAGCUUUAGUUGAAGCUGAAGUUGUCAAUCCCUCCUCUCGACUACCCAUAAUACCCGAAGGAGACGAUGUUCGCACUGGUUUAUCCGAAAGGACGAGAAGGCGCCUCAUAGAACUAGGGAUUACUCAACUAUUUGCUGUCCAGACUGCACUUCUCCCUUUUCUGCUAGGUUCUUCCACCACGCGAAGGUCACUGUACGAACCGUUUGACCUGUUACGGGAUGUAUGUGUUUCCGCGCCAACUGGAAGCGGAAAAACACUCGCAUAUGUGCUCCCAAUUGUCGAGAUUCUGUCAACGAAAAUUGUAACUCAUCUCCGUGCUCUCAUCGUUCUCCCGACGCGUGAUCUAGUCAUGCAAGUUCGAGAAACAUUAGAGGCGAUUGCAAAAGGACGAGGUUUGAAGAUUGGUUCAGCCACUGGACAACACUCAUUCGCUCACGAGCAGUCGCAACUAGUUGCGGACACGUCAGCCAAACUCUCUGGUGGAUCGAGUAAAGUUGAUAUUUUGAUCUGUACGCCAGGGCGCCUCAUUGAUCACCUUAACGGAACACCCAACUUUUCUCUACAACACCUCCGGUUCUUGGUGAUAGAUGAAGCAGAUCGAUUGCUUGCUCAAUCAUUCCAAGACUGGCUGGCUCAAGUUCUUGCCGCCACGCAACCAUCUCCCAGGAUGACCCCUGAGACAACUGAAACCAAAAGCCCAACUCUCCUUUGCGAUUCUCUUGCCCCCGCUUUUCUUCACCUCCACAGGGAAGUAGACUUACACACCGACAUUGAUGAAAAGAAACAUGCCUCAUGUCAAAAAUUACUGUUUUCCGCAACACUCACCAGUGACCCAGGAAAGCUCGCGGCCCUGGACCUCCGAAAUCCAAAGUACUUUGUAGUGCAAGGUCUAUCUGAAGAAUCAGAAAUCGAUGGUAUUCCCAAUAUUAUCGCAGAACGGUUUACCAUGCCCGAAGCACUAAAGGAACACAUGAUAAUCUGCGAGGCCCCUCAAAAACCAUUAAUGCUCUUCCAUCUUGUGCACAAUCAUUCCGUCCGCAAUGCACUUGUUUUCACAAAGUCGUCCGAAUCGGCCUCUCGUCUUGUCCGUUUGUUCGAAUUCUUUGAGGCUGCUAUCUCCAGCGGAAAUCCAAUUGUCGUUCGGUCAUAUUCGAGUGAUCUUCCGGCCAACGAACGCAGGACCAUAUUAGAGAAAUUCAAGGCCCAAGAGAUCCAUUUGCUCAUAUGCUCAGAUCUGAUAUCAAGAGGUAUCGACAUCAGCCAUGUAUCACACGUAGUCAGUUACGACGCACCGGUGGAUAUAAGAAAAUAUGUACACCGGGUUGGUCGAACUGCUCGAGCAGGGAGAACUGGAGAUGCUUGGACGUUGGUUGAAGAACAGGAGGCACAUUAUUUCAAAUCUAUGUUAAGAAGCGCCGGUCACCUGGAAAGGGUCCGACGAAUGAGAAUAUCAGAGAAAGACACGGUUUCACUCUUAUCGGCGUACGAGACAUCUCUGCGGAGCCUCCGGGACGCGUACACACGGUAGUUUCCGGUAACCCUGUUAACUGGCCGACGUUAACGUCGGCGGGCUUUUGUAGAGGAUUGAUGUUGCUCGCGAUGAGUCGCAUAUGAUGAUUAGUCCCCUGCUUGCUUCUUUGAUUGCAUUUGCAGCACUGCGCCAUGCCAUUACAUAAUAAGCUAUAUGUGAUCGCAACGUUUAAAUUAGGCUCAUAUAAUACCCUGCAUCAUUUUCGAUCAAGCUUAGUAGGUUAUUUUAAGCGACGGCCCGAGAAUUUUGUC